GAAAAGGAAAGACUGAUGUAAUCCGAGGUGAAUAAUUAGAACCCAAAAUAUACAGGGGUGAAAUGUUUCUGUCCACAUCUCAGUGUAUACCCAUUGUAUAAAUAGACCCGUUCUCAAAUCAAAGGGUAGCAGGUGGAGUUGCCAACGUGAAACACGAUUUUCUAGGAUCCAUGACGUGGGGCCCCCCGGCGGGUUCAGCCAGAAACAAAAAUUCAUUCAUUCAUUCAAUCACAAAAAACAAAAACUAUGCUCAUUCAUUUUUUUUUGUUUGUUUGUUUAGAAAAGCAAUACAUUCAUUUCUUGCUCUGUGGUGAGCCUUUUGCACCAUGCGUGGAUUUUGAAGACAAUAAGUAUGAGGGGUUGCUUGUCACGGGGCUAAUAAUCUAGCCAUUCGGGGAGAAACAUGUACACAAAAAACGAUGAGUCCAUAGUAAACAAGACCCACACAUACACACGUGACUAGAAAGGUCAUAAUCUCCUCACGUUGAGCCUCGAAUGGGAAGGGGAAAUACAGAAGAAACAGGAAGCAAACAUGCUGGGGGCCCAGCUGUCCUCUUCAGAAGAAGACUGUGGGGACGGGGGCAAGUGACACAUAGGCAACAGCUGAAGGUGCAAACUCAAAUUUGCUAGUUGUGCAGCGUCAGUCUCUUUUCAGCCCCUUUACUGAUAGCACAGCUGUUCCAGCUGUGCAGUUCUCAUUGCUUUCCACAAAACGGAGGCCGCAACGUUCAUUUUAAAAGGCAGCCCCUAGCUACGUGAUCAGAUAACAGCUCAGUGAAAGAAAGGUGUGAAGGGCCACAGCAGUGAGCAAGUUCCUUAUCUGGACAGGCACCAUCAGCACACACCCCUUUUUAUUGUGCAAGUGGGGAAAAGGCAGGUCAUGGUCUAGAAAGAGAUCUCCCCUUAACUGGCAGUACAGUUUCUCUCUUAUGUUAUGCACGCUUUAAAAAGGUGCCAGUAAUAUGAGAAAACACCCCCAAACCACUGCUUAGAUUUUAGGACCAAGUAAUGUUUUAUAAUUUAGCUUGGGAAAUGUUUAGAGGUUCUGGCUCUCCUUCUAGCUCAGAAAUACCAUACUUGCAAUGCUUUUAGAAUUAAGAGUUUUCUCAGGCAUGCUUUGUACACAUUUCCGGGUUGCUCCCGGAUUAUAAGAUUCCAUCAACCAAUAUUUAAUGUCCUUUUAGGAUCCGGAUGUUUGCACGGGUAAGCACUGCACCACGGAAGAAAGAAUAAGGAAGGAGGAAGGCAGCCUGCAGGCAGUUUAGUUUGCCUGUUUCUAUUUUCAGUGUAAACAGCGAGCUGUGCUGAGACAAAGGCUCCCUAUUCUCUUCCGCCCUCUUUAAAGGCGAAGUGUCCUGAGCUCGCUGUGGGCUUUACUUUCCUCCCACACAGCGAGGUCUGCUUUUCCGCACUCUUCUCCCGGCUGCUUCAUUAGCUCCAACCUGUCGGACCCCAGGGGAGGCUCCCAGAAACUCUGUCCCUCGCCGGGCGGAGGAAGCAGGUUCCCGGAGGAAGGAGACUGUGCCUGCAGCUCACUCUAUGUGACUGUGUCCUUCUUCCUCGGGGUCCGGUGUGCUCACCGCCACAGGCCCCUUCUCGCAGCCGUGGGGCUCCCAAGGCAGCAGGCCGCUCGAUGUCCCCCCAUUUCCUUCCCAGCGUCUCCCGCACUCAGCCCCGCCCCCAGCCACCAGCUAUGCUACACGGACCUAAUAUAUUUAGAUCGGGUUUUCAAAGAGUGUUUGUCUUCUUUAUUUCUUAAUUUUUAUAAAUGUAAGGGGGUACAGUGCAGUUUUGUCACAUGGACACGUUGUGUAGUAGAAAAAAGUCUGGGUUUUUGGAUAACUCGAUGGUUACCCAAAUAGUUGUGCCCAUUAAGUAAUUUCUCCUCCUUCACCCCCAUCCCAGUCCCACCCUCCCACUCUUCUGAGUCUCCAGACCCUAUGCUUCCACACUCUAGGUCCCUGUGUGCGUGACGUUUAGCUCCUACUUGUAAGUGAGAACACAUGGGAUUUGACUUUCUGUGUCUGAGCUGUCCCACUUAGGACAGUGGCCUCCAGGUUCAUCCAAGUUGCUGCAAAAGACACGGUUUUAUUCUUUUUUGUGGCCGAGUAGUAUUCCACUACAUACAUCUCUCUAUAUCUACAUCACAUUCUCUUGAACCGCUAUUGCUGAUGGACACUUAGGUUGAUUCUAUGUGUUUGCUAUUGUGAGUAGUAAACAUAUGCAAUAAACAUGUAAGUGUGGGCAUCUUUUUUAUAUAACAGUUUCUUUUCCCUUGAGUAGAUAAGCAGUAGUGGGAUUGCUGGAUCCAAUCGCAGUUCAAAGAGCAUUCUUCUAUUCUUGAGAGCUGUUGUGUUCGUGGAGAUUUUUGGUGACCUGCUUAACUCCAAACUCUCAUCCAAGUACUAACUGGGCUUGGCCCUGCUUAGCUUCCAAGAUCGGACGAGAUCAGGCAUGUUCAGGCUGGUGUGGCCCUAGACGUGACCUGCUAAAUGCUGAGUCACUGUGUUUCACGUACCUGCUCCCCUUCUCCCUCAUCGCACUCACUUUUAUCAAGAGCUCCAGUGGGACCUCCAGAUGCUCAUAGUUUCUCCCUCAAAACAUAUAUUUCCAUAAAAGCUAAAAAGUGAGAAAAGGAGAACAAGUUCCUACUCUCUUUCUUCCCCAGCUUAUGGACCUCAGCUUGCAUGCAAAAGCCAAACGAGAUUUUAUGAACACUUUUAAUUUUCUGGACAUUAUUUUCUGAGCCAUAAGGUGAUCAUAUUUUUCCAAAUCCCACCUUGGAACACAUGCUCUGGCAGACACAGGUGUGCUCACGGGGCAACCAGGCGAGGCAUGGAGAUUCAGCGCCAUCCCGGACAGUCCAGAGUACGUUUUCUGCACUGGGACUUCACAUCCUCAUAAAAGCUGAGAAACUGAAUUCCCUGCAAUCUGUCUAUGCCUGAGAAGCUGCAUCGGGAAAAUGAGGGGGUGGAUUGGAUGCAUCUCUAAAGCCUCUCCCAGCCAUAAAAUUGGAUGAACAUUUCAUUCCAAGGGUCACUGGUGACAGAGCAAAUGACAGGGUGUCAAACUGGAGAGAGCAUCCACGGCGUUCAGCGAUCGACAGAUUGACUGUUCCUGGUUGCAGGCCGAGCGCUGCUCACCCUUGUCUUGGGGGUGUCCAGCAGGUCCCGGAGGUGAAGCUUCUGGGAGCUUCCGCCACCUCCACCAGGGCACACGUGUUUCACUGCUGACCUUGGGGCCACAUAACUGCCGUCUUUGUGUUUCCGCUCAGCCAAGCUUUUGCGUUACGAAGUGUCUCUCCGGAUGCUUUUCCUGGCUGGGUUUAAGGGAGUGGAUCCAGUGAUUGUCCCUUGCAUGUGGCCUCCUGUCCUACGCCAGCCCUUCGCUCCCCUGCCCUUUGUCCCAGCAGUCACCACAGCCACGGCUCCCACACAGCCGAACCCAGUUUAGUCUGUGGAAGAGACUUGCUGGUGCUUUGGCAAGUUUGCUGUUCCACCACCAUCCUCCUUAAAGGACGGAAGGAGCUGCUCUGUCUUUGCUUUUAACUAGAUUGUUCUUCGCGCAGCCCUGAGAGAAGGCAGAGCCAUGGCCGGGCCGUUUACACCGGGUGGCGUUGCAUUUUGCUUCGGCCCUCCCACCUUCCCUGGAUGUCUGCGCCUUCGUUUUUGUUUCGUUUUGCCCAAGACAAUUACAAAUCCUUGAGCAGGAAAUGUAAAGAUUCCGAUCCAGGAUGACUGAGCUACCCUCCUUAAUCCAUGCCUGGUCCCGGACACUCCAUCCACGCUGAACGUCACGGGUGGCCGUCUUCAGGGAGCUCAUUUAAGGGACUCGUGGAGUCCUGUGGACUGGGUUGGCACUUCUGGGCAUUUGCAAGUCUGCACUAAAUUUAUUCGGUUUCAUGCUUACCUAGGGCCAGCACUUUAAAAGAAGGAGUGAGUUACAGAGAACACCGCACACUGUGCUAGGGGCUGCGGGACAACCAAACACCAGAGAUGCAAAGACAGUGAAACAGGUGACGAGAUGCAAGGAAGGCCGCUCACACGGACUUUCGAGUGUCGGCGCGGGUUAGAAGCCACGCCUCGCUCGCACCGGGCCGCACUGAAAUGUCUCCCAUCAAGAGCGACGCGUGGUCUUGAAGCACCUCAUGAAGUCCACGCCGGGGCGGUGUGGCUUCGGAAUGACCCUCCGUGCCCACGAUUAAAAACCACCACCACCACCACAAGGGGUCCAUCUGCCGUGUUUGUCUCACUAUGCGGAACAAGAGCGUCUGGCACUGAAACCUUGACGUUUGGUCGGGAGAGUUCAAUGAGCACUCAGGCUCCCUGUGUUGUGAAAACCGCCACUCUGGGAAAGGAAGGAGGACGAGGGUGGCCAUCAACACUUCCGCCAGCAUUUCCGUUAUUGCAGGAGGCUCUUGCCAGAGAGGCACAAGAGAAGAACUUCUUCAUCAGACAGCAAACACUAAUCGUGAAUCCACAGCCGCCUGCUUCUCACUGUCCUGCAGUCCCCGCUGACCUCCGUUCUGCGGACCCCACGCGUUUGCCUGCGCUGCGGUCGUCGUAUUUCUCAGAGUCUGAACCGGCGCCUGCCACGGCCUGCCGCCAGCACAACAGCUCAACGGGUCACAAGGACACGGAGAGGAAGGCUGGCUCUUGUUUUUAACUACUGUCCACCUACGGACUAUUAAAAUCGAAUUUCAAGCCCAGCAAUGCAGACUGACAUCAGCCUGGGCAACUCAGAAUUAACUCCUUGUUUUUAAAUUUUAUUUGAGGACCCCAGGAGC